AUGGUUAUGAAGCCAAUGGAAGACAGAUAUCCAAAAUGGCCGAAUGAUGAAAUGGAUAAUGAGUGGGAGAACCUGAUAAAAGAUAUCAUCAAUGGUCAGCUAAAUGACCAGUUUUGGGAUGUAACUCCAACUACCAACUCGCCAAAGAAGAGAAAAUUUGGUGUUGCGGCAUCUGUUAUUCCAAAUGUCAGUCCUUCUACUAAGCGAAAAAAAGGAAAAGAACCGGCUCAUGGAGGUGAAACAUCUGAUAUCUUCGCAGCUCAGAACGUGGCUAUACUCGGCUUAGUUGACUCUCUUACCAAACUCACUCAAAAAAUAGAAGGCAUGGAUGUUAGUGUAGCUGAGAAAGUUACUAAAAUUUUAGAAGGUACAAUACAAGAUAAGGUGGAUGCUACAAUGGGUCCUAUUAAGGAUGAGUUGCUGAAGAAGAUAGCAAGUUUGGAGGAAGAUGUGAAGUUUUUUAAAAACAAAGCUGAUGUAAACAUCCCUCAAGAUGUGGCCGACUCCAACUCUGAAAAUUCCAAGGCCAACGAAGAUGAUGAUGCUUUUGGCAACGACUUGUCUUGGAAGAUUGAGAAGAAGAUCAGUUCACUUGAUGGUUUGCCAAUUUAA